AUGUAUAGUCAUGCAUACCAUGGUUUAGAGUUCACUAAAGAGUCUCUUUGGGGUGAUGACAUCAAGUCUUAUUCAGAUUUUGUUUGGUAUAAGGACUCAAUUGAACGUUAUAAUCCCGGAAGCGUCGUCAACUUUGAGUAUGAUGGUCUAACGAAGCAGUUCCAAAGGUUUUUUGUUUCUUUCGAAGCUUCCAUUAAUGGUUUCAAUAACUACUGUCGUCCGAUGUUAUUUAUUGAUUGUACCUUUCUCACUGGGAAGUUUAAAGGAGGUCUUAUGGUUGCUUGCGGGAAAACAGAGAUCUAUCCAGUUGCUUUUGGCACCUUGAAAAAUUGUGAGAGUUGGGAAUGGUUCUUAACCAACCUGAAGGGUAUUAUUAGGGAAGACCGUCCACUGACCAUCAUAUCAGACCGUGGAGCUGGCCUUUUGAAGCAUGUCCCUAUCAUCUUCCCAAAGGCUUACCAUUCUUACUGUUUGUACCACAUGAAAGGUAAUAUUCCGGUUCCAAAGGGUAAGAGCAGGCAAACUACUGCGAAGUUAUUUGAAGAGUGCUACACUGCCUUAACAAAGGAGAAGUUUUUUGUUGCUGCCAAGAGUAUGAGCAAUCUCAAGCUUGAUUCAGUGAUUGAUUGGAUGGUAAAGAUUCCAUUCGAGAACUGGGCAGCUCAUGCUUUUCAAGGAGAAAGGUUUAGUGAGACACAUCGAAUAUUGCCGAGAGUUUUAAUAGUGUUAUCAAGCAUGAUAAGCGGCUCCCAUCACUAG